CUAGAUUUUUUUUUCUUUACUUUGAGUUCAUCUAUGCAUUGGUUGGGUUCCCUUACUUUGCUUCAGUACAAGUUAUGGCUGAUUGUCACGCUUUUUUCCUUUACCGUCACUUGUUCUUCUGUAACUAAACCACAACAGUGUCUGAAAAUUCGGGACAAUGAUGUCUUCUUGAACAUUUGUCCUGCAACUGAAGACGAUGCCAUUGGAUUUUCAGCCGUGUUCCCCGACGCUACAGAAAUACCUCGCAUGACAGCACAAAGUCCUUCGUCGUCGUCGUCGUCUUCUUUGCAGGACGAGGAAAUGUCCAACCAGCUCAUCACCCUCAAAGACGACCAAGCCGCACUCGUAGCAGGCACGCUACCGGCGAUCGUCCCCAUUACGCAGCCCACCCACCGAGUCUUUGUCUCCAAUCAACCUAAUGCAAUAGGACCCGAUACCUCAGCACCCAAUAAACUCACACUUCGCAAUGAUAAAUUCAACCUGAGCGGACGAAGUACCACGGCCGACCAACGCAAACCCCUGCUGUCCUUUGAAGAGUGGCAGAAACAAGUCUUGGAAAUGGAGAAUGCUCGACGUCACACUCGAAAGAAAGUGGGUGGUCGAGCCACUGCAAAACGAGGGCAGCAUCAGACCAUCGAUGCUUUGGAUGGCGGAUUCGUGGGUGAUUUUGGGUUCAUGUUUGAAGGCCCCAGCCACGGCCAAGAUGAUUCACCUUUGCCCGAUAACACAUACGACGAAGACACCUACAUCGAACCCAGCAAGUCUACCAAAAGACGCAAACCUACCUUUGAGAAACCACCGGCAGGGUCGGAAAAGAAGAAGCAGUUUGCCGACGUACCUAUCAAGAUGCUCAAAGAACGAUUCAAUUACGCUUCCACUGACUGCGCCGCCACCGUGCGUGCCGUCAACAAGGAAGCCAAGGGCGCUCAAUCCAUCCUGUACGAGUCCAAGGAUCAAUACAUGCUCAACAGAUGCUCCGCCGAUAAAUACAUUAUUAUUAAUCUCUGCGAAGAAAUUCUCAUCGAUACCAUUGUACUCGCCAAUUUCGAAUUCUUCUCCAGCACCUUCAAAGACUUUCGCGUCUACGUAGCGGAUCGGUACCCUACCAAGGAUUGGAAACUUCUUGGUCAGUGGCAAGCUCGCAAUACCAGAGACCUGCAGAUAUUCAAAGUCGAAGAGCGUCCAGGAUGGUUUGAAUACAUGAAAAUCGAGUUCGUAUCCCACUAUGGUCACGAAUACUAUUGUCCGCUAAGCUUGCUUCGUGUCCAUGGAAUGCCGAUGAUGGAAUACUUUAAUCUGGUGGAGCGACAAGGUUUGUCGAAUGAUGGAGAUGAACCGGUGUCGUGGGAAGAUGAAUACCUGUGGCCGGCUGAAGUGCGAGAUGAAAUCAUUCGACCCCAACCUCAAGUGACCAACCCCGCAGAACAGUUUCCGAUCCCUCCAACGGAACAGACUGAGGAAGAUGUAGAAGAAGAAAUAGUGAUCAUCGAACCGAUCGUUCCCUCGCCUGAACCUCCCUCUGCAUCGGAUUCCGAUUCUUUGUUGACAAAGCAAGAUGGAUACGAUCAUCCACAAGACUCUACCGGACCACCGUUGCAAGAAGCGACAGGCACCACUAUUCCAUCUUCGAUGGAUAACGAUCACGAAUAUGAAACGAAUCCUACGGAAAAUCCAACCCCUUCGGUGACCAUGGACUCGAGCAGUAGCACAUUGCACGGAUCGAGUGCUUCUUCCUUUUCCGAGACGCCAGCUGUGCAGGAGGAGCCUUUACAAACUCCGUCAGAUUCGGAAAGAAUGGAGGAGAUCAGUUCCGCAUACCUGGAAUCCAUGUUUUCUUCCACCGCGACAACGGCGACGCCUUCCUCGGAAUCUCAAACAAGCAAUCACAUUGCCACAGUGGAAGGACGAGUUGGCAAUUUUCCCAAACCGAUCAUGGGUCCGAAUCCAAAAGAAGGCACCACGCAAGAAUCGAUUUACAAAACGAUUAUGAAGCGACUCAAUGUACUGGAACAAAAUGCUACGCUGUCGCAACGCUACCUGGAUGAACAGAACCGCAUGUUGAAUGAUGUGUUCACUGAUAUGGAGAAACGACAUCAGGAGCAACUCAUUUCUCUCUUGGGUCGUCUAAACGAAACGGCAAGUAACCGAAUCGAAAAUAUGAAACGUCGCUAUGAGCAAUGGUAUGAAGAACUCAAAAUUCAAAAUGAAAAUGAUAUCAAAGAAUUGACGGCAAAAAUGAGUCUCAUGGCAGACCAGAUUGCGUUUGAGCGACGUAUCUCUAUAUCACAGUUGGUGAUUGUCAUUUCCCUGUUUGUGUUCAUGGCGUUGUCGCGGGGAACAUUCAACACGCUUUCGCCCAUUAUGGUGGCGCAAGCCGAAGAACGAAAGAGACGGGCCUCGGCGGAUCAGAUUGUUCCUGGUAGCACCAAAGCGGCAACGCAAGAAUCACCCUCUUCGGACAAAAUCAGUCUUCGUGAUCGCAGAAACCUGAUGUUAUCCAUGAAAUGGCUCAGCGGCUCGUCACCAGGACCGUCUUCAGCCAAAUAAUUCCCAUAUAUACAUUAUACAUAUCUAUUUUGCAGUUGUUAUCUGUAUGACCAUUUGUAUUAUAGUCGCAAUACAUUUUUUUUCCCCAAAGUCAUCGUGAG